AUAAUACCUGAAUCCAACCAGCUUAUAAUAUCUCUCAACUCCAGCGUCUACUACUUUAAACUACUACCUCCUACUUUACUUACUUACUAGUUUACUUACUUUGCUGCUUUCAUUCAUGGAUGCCUUCUGUUCGAGUUCGGAGUACAAUCAGUACUCUAGUGCGUCUGAUUUAUGGACGUUUGAGGCGUCGGAUUCGAUGUCUCCAUCCGACAGCGGUGGUCGCCGGAUGAACUUCUCCGACGAGGAGGUCGUGCUGGCUUCGAGCUGUCCGAAGAAGCGGGCCGGUCGGAAGAAGUUCAAGGAGACUCGGCACCCGGUGUACCGCGGCGUAAGGAGGAGAAACUCCGGUAAGUGGGUUUGUGAGGUGAGGGAGCCCAACAAGAAGACCAGGAUUUGGCUGGGGACGUUCCCCACGGCCGAGAUGGCGGCGCGGGCGCACGACGUGGCGGCCAUUGCGCUUAGGGGACGCUCGACGUGCCUCAACUUCGCCGACUCGGCUUGGCGGCUGCCGGUUCCGGCCUCCGCGGACGCCAAGGACAUCCAGAAGGCGGCCUCCGAGGCCGCGGAGGCGUUCCGUCCCGUGGACAUGGCGGACGACACGGGAGAAAAGCCGGCGGCUGACGCGGCGGUGGCGGAAUCGGAUAACGUGUUUUUUAUGGAUGAGGAGGCGGUGUUUGGGAUGCCGGGGCUGCUCACAAACAUGGCGGAGGGGAUGCUGUUGCCUCCACCUCACUGUAUGGAACAUGACUAUAGUAGUGAUGACGUGGAGGCUUAUGCUGACGUGUCGCUGUGGAGCUAUUCAGCUUAAUUAAGCUUCCUUAUCCAUUCCUAGUAGUAGUGUGAUAUAUGGCUAUGACGUGUAAAAAAGGUUGUCACAUCACAAGGCUUCCCAUUUUGGUUUGGAUUUAAUAUUUGGCUAGGGAGAGAAUUUAGUGUUCCGUACUUGAAUUUUUUUUGGUCUUGUACGGAUACUGCUAUACUAUUAUUAGUAUUAUGAUGAACUAUCCAAGGAAUAAUGAUGAAAAUGUAUGCGAGAGAGUAUGUGGGAAUUUGCAAAAAUUGUAUGUAGGCAAAAGCCAUGUACUAUACGUCAAAAAAAAAAAAAAAAAAGCCAUGUACUAGUAUUAAAGUUUUAAGAUAUUUUCUCCACUACGUCUAAA